UCAAAGAAAAGAAAAAAGAAAAGGGAAAAUGGUAAGGCUGUCGGUGGAGUGGCAUUAGCUCAAGUGGGGUCAGCCUUCACCUUCCCACUGCUUUGCUUGAUUCCAAAUCCAGCCUGUUUCCCAUCUACACCGUCCAUUCCCAUGUUCCUCCAAUCUCCACCGCUACUCUCACACUUAUUGAAAGAGAUACUCCAUCUAACUCUUACAUUGUAUUGCACCCCAAGAAAAUUGAAUCAUCUAAAAAUCAAUUCUUCAUUUUCAAAGAGAAAAAUGGGGAUCUUGAAAAUUGGGAUAAUUUUGCUAAUAGCGAUCUCAAUCGUGGGUAGUGUGAGUGGAGAUGAGAAUGAGUCAUUUAAGAAGCGACCAACAAUAGUGAAGAUGGUGAAGGGUACGAAGAUGUGUGUUAAGGAUUGGGAGUGCAACAAACUAUCAAAGUUCUGUUGUAACUUGACAAUAACAGAUUAUCUAGACACAGACCAAUUUGAGAUGCUAUUCGCAAAGAGGAACUCACCGGUGGCACAUGCAGUUGGAUUCUGGGAUUACGGCUCUUUCAUAAAUGCUGCAGCACUUUAUCAGCCUAUUGGAUUUGGUACCACUGGUGGUAAGAAAAUGCAGAUGAAGGAAAUUGCUGCUUUCCUUGGCCAUGUUGGUAGCAAAACUACUUGUGGUUAUGGAGUCGCCACUGGUGGACCACUGGCUUGGGGUUUGUGCUAUAACAAGGAAAUGAGUCCGAGCCAAGAUUACUGUGAUGAUUACUUCAAAUUAACCUACCCAUGCACUCCUGGAGCUCAAUAUUAUGGUCGUGGUGCCUUGCCUAUCUACUGGAACUACAAUUAUGGAGCUAUUGGUGAAGCCCUCAAGCUAAAUCUGUUAGACCAUCCCGAAUACAUUGAACAAAAUGCUACCAUGGCUUUCCAGGCUGCAAUUUGGAGGUGGAUGAACCCAAUGAAAAAGGGUCAGCCUUCAGCUCAUGAUGCCUUUGUUGGCAAUUGGAAGCCCACCAAGAAUGAUACUUUGUCUAAACGACUUCCUGGUUUUGGCACGACCAUGAACAUUCUCUAUGGUGACAGUGUUUGUGGCCAAGGUGAUGUUGAUGACAUGAACAGCAUCAUCUCCCAUUUCCAGUAUUACCUUGAUUUGAUGGGUGUUGGUCGUGAGGAAGCAGGGCCUCACGAAGUACUCACCUGCGGGGAGCAAAAAGUUUUUAACCCAACCGCUGCCCCUGCUGCCGCUUCUUGAGACUUAUGUUGGAUUGGUAAGCAUGCCUUCCUACCUUAGGCCGAAAGAAGCAUACAAUAAGUGGAGUGAUUCUGUGAAAUGUAUGACACUGAAAUGGAUUGGGAAUCUAUUGUGAAAUGUUGCCAUUCUUGUUGUCUAUCAUGUAAUUUUUUGGACUUUGAUUUUUUCUUACGUUUAUGGUUUGAUAUAUAUAUAUAUGUAUAUCUAUGUACUGUGAAGCCUCUAGAUUGUAAUUUGUAUAACUGUUAAAAGUUGCAAUUCUAUUGCCCUGUUGCAUUCA